AUGGGGAUUUUACGAUUGCACGAGACUGAGAAUGCGGAUAUUGAUGAGUUCCACUGUGUGUUGCUGUCUUGCGUUGCCGGACACCGGAGAAAGGACGGUGACGAUUUGAGAGAUAGAGAUCAUGUGAUCUCCGGAGCUGGAAAGAAUGACGUACUGGAGAAGUUAGUGUGUGUCACCAGCGGCGUUUUGUACCUCGGUAUCGUUGUUGUGAACAAGCUCCUUGUCCAUGGUUACUCCGUACGGAUCAUUGUUGAUAAUGAAGAGCUAGAAACUAUAUCACGCCUCUCCGUGUCUCCACGGAAACAACAUAGCAAAUUUGCUCUACUGAUUCAAGCUGCUUCAAUGGGGAUUUUACGAUUGCACGAGACUGAGAAUGCGGAUAUUGAUGAGUUCCACUGUGUGUUGCUGUCUUGUGUUGCCGGACACCGGAGAAAGGACGGUGACGAUUUGAGAGACAGAGAUCAUGUGAUCUCCGGAGCUGGAAAGAACGACGUACUGGAGAAGUUAGUGUGUGUCACCAGCGGCGUUUUGUACCUCGGUAUCGUUGUUGUGAACAAGCUCCUUGUCUAUGGUUACUCCGUACGGAUCAUUGUUGAUAAUGAAGGUCUGUUUUGUAUAACUAGCCGACUUAUUUUCCUACCGGUGGUACCCAGUUUUUAA